GUUGUGUGCAUCUAUAAAUAUUGAUAAUUUUAUUGUUCUCUUUCUUUUUUCUUUUUUUUUUUUUCCAUCUCGAGCAUUGAAACGAAAUGGCACCUAGACAAAGAACAAUUUCUACCAGUUCUAAUAACUCUUCUGUGAGCACGCUUUCAGGCAAAAUUGUGUCCCCUAGGACCCCACCCAGGACUCCACCCAUUUCCGAAAACGUUCAAGUCACAGUCCGUUGUCGACCUCCUAAGAAGGAUGAAUUAAACAACUGUUGGGAUCUAAAUGAACCUAAUAAAAUCACUUCAAUUGAUCCUAAAUUAAAAAAACAACAUCAAUUCAACUUCGAUAAUGUGUUUUAUGGAAGUGAUAAUGCUUCAUUGUAUUCCAAAAGUGUAGAGAAAUUGAUAAAUCAAGCAAUGGAAGGAUAUAAUGCAACUGUGUUUGCCUAUGGUCAGACAGCCAGUGGAAAAACAUUUACAAUGGGUACUGAAACAGAACCUGGCGUGAUACCCCGUUCCGUCGAAAACGUCUUUGCGUUUAUUAAAAAGGCCAUCACGAGAGAAUUCUUAUUACGAGUUUCGUAUAUAGAAAUCUAUAAUGAAACCAUACGAGAUCUGUUAAAUCCAUCCAAUGACAAUUUCAGAAUAUCCAAAGAUUCUGUGCGAGGUGUCUAUGUCUCUCCUCUAACCGAAGAAGUUGUAACUUGUCCGCAAGAUGUCAUGAAAAUGAUACAACGCGGGGAAGCAAAUCGUCAUAUCAGCUCCACUGAUUAUAAUUUACACAGUAGUCGAAGUCAUACCAUCUUUCAGAUGAUUAUCGAAAGUCGUGAAAGAAACAGUACAAGUACAGCAACCAUUCAUCAUCGUCGAACCCUAACACAAUCCGGUUAUGGCACCAAAUCCAAGGAAACCGUCAAAAUAUCCCAACUCAACCUCAUAGAUCUGGCUGGUUCGGAAAAGGCAGCUACCAACGAAGAGAGAAGAAAGGAAGGUGCAUUUAUCAAUAAAUCGCUCUUAACGUUGGGGACCGUCAUUUCCAAAUUAACUGAAGCAUCCAAUCGGUCUCAUCAUGGACCGAAACCACAUAUCCCCUAUCGUGAUUCCAAAUUAACGCGUAUUUUAGAGACCGCUCUUAGUGGCAUGGCCAAGGUGGCUGUCUUAUGUACCAUGAGCCCAUCUCUACAAGCAUUAGAAGAAUCCGUCAAUACCUUAAAAUUUGCUACACGUGUAAAGAAAAUCACGAUUCAUGCCAAGAAUGAUGAAGUGAUGGAUGAUAAAGCUCUGAUCCAGAAAUACCGUGUUGAAAUCGAACAAUUAAAAUCCAAAUUAAAGGAACAGGAAUUAAACAGUCUUGCCGUAUCUGAAAGAAGAGAUCACGAACAAAAGAUCAAACAAAUGUUAAAUGUGCGUGACACCCUAAAAGAACGUAUUGACCAAUUGACAAAGCUCAUCCUCACCUCGGCUUCUGUUGUGAUCCAACAAAAGAACGAGGACGAUGAAUUAAUUAUUACGGAAGCCCAUACUGACAAUGAGAUCAAAAAUGGUAAAAAUGAUGAUAUCAAGAAUGCCGUCAUUUAUCAGCUGGAACAAAAGGUCAAGAAAUUAGUCGCCGAAUCACACGAAAAGGAUGACCGCAUCAAAUAUCUCGAGCAACAAUUACGCGUUCAAGCUGCUGUCUCCUCUCGCUUGGAAACAGAAUUAAGUAUUACAAAGGCUGAGCUGGGCGUUAGUCAACUUACACCGGCUUUUGAAAAAAAGAGUUAUUUAGGCUCGCCGCCUCAAGAAAGAGCUGAACGUUUAUUUUAAACCAUGUACACUUUUUAGACGAAAUAAAUUUUUAAUUCGAACGA